ACGGACCGCAAUGAGGAGAUAAAUAGAAGCUUUAUCUAUUUAUUAUAAAGUAUUAACGGGGUCUCAUUCAUUUCUACCUGGGAGCAGCAGCUGGUGAGGGGAGUCGUUUAUACGCUCGUCUGCUUUAAAGGGCUCCUGGAAGAAUAAUGGAUGAGGGCUAUCUCUAACACUUGGACAUUUGGAUCUUCGGACUGAACUAUGGAGGGUGGUGAUGAGUGUGUUAAUGUGAAACAGUCUCAGACUGAUGCAUGCAGCGCUGAGGUUGCAGGAGGAGGCGAAGGAGAGAUGCUAAGUAAAGCUGAAGAUGCUGCUGAUUCCUGUGUCAGCGCUAAAGAAGGACUCUCCAACCUGGUGGAUCCUCCUGCUCCGUCAGUGGUGAGUCCCUCUGCUGAAGCGCCAGGAGGCGUAGCGCUUAAAGUCGCCACAACUGUGCUGCACCCGGUGUGUCUGGGAGAGACCCCGCUGAUGCUGCCCAUCCACCUGCAGAUGGCCGGAGCUGCUGGGCCUCAGCUCGGCCAAAUGGGGGCGUCGCCAUACCUGAUCACGAGCCAAAGCCCGGUCUCUCUUCCUAUGGUGUUGGAUCAGCAGGUCCUCCAGCACAUGAGUCCAUCGGUGAUCCCUCAGACUGCUAACUGCCCUCAGCUGCAGAACAAUGUCCUGUGUCAGAACCCUUUGGCGUUUGGUUUACCUCCAGCUGUGGAUCAGAAAGCAGCAGCACAAACGCAGGAGGCUAACCUGCUGUCACUCCUGCAGAAUCCAGCGUUUGCAGCCAUCUUGCAGGAUCUUUUCUCCUCUCAGGCGGGCGCUUCAUCCACCUGUCAGUCCCCAGGCUCUCCAUUUUUCCCUCUUCCUCCCCUCACACCCCCCUACUCCUCUCCUCUGGCCCCGUUAGUCCCUCCAGCCACCCUUCUAGUUCCCUAUCCUGUCAUCAUCCCUCUGCCAGUGCCUCUGCCAGUCCCUCUACCUAUCCCCAUUCCAGUCCCUCAGACUGAGGACUCAAAGGGGAACAUGCCAAAACCAGUUUGCACUGUGAGUAAAAGCACUCAGACGUCUCCUAAAGAUACUACCUCUCCUGCGUUGUCCUCGAGCAGAUUCAUGCCAUCAUUCCAGCUGCAAAAUGUGUCCCUGUCCUCACUUCCUGUCGAUGAAGGGCAGGCCCUGGACCUCUCCGUCCGGACAUGUCCUGUUGAACUGAAACAGGAAUCUCCCAGUCCGCAGCAAGACAGCGUACUGGAUUUGUCAGUGCCUGGUGUGAGGAAGAAGUAUGACAAAGAGGUAGCUUUCCAUUCCAGUCAGGAUACAAGAGCUACCUCAUUGUCUUUGGGCGUUCAAUGCACUCAGAGUUUAGAUUCCAAACUUCUGGGCAGUUUGGCUUCACUGCAGUUCAGCCGGCAGCAUAAAUGGGUAGUCGACAGCGGUCCAGGUGGGUCGGGAACUCAGGAGGCGUCUAUAAGCGGAGCAGGAAACCUGGAGAUACUCAGCACCUCGCAGACAGCCAAAGUCAUCGUCUCAGUGAAGGACGCCAUCCCUGCAAUCCUCUGCGGGAAGAUAAAAGGCCUCUCAGGGGUCUCCACUAAGAACUUCUCAAUCAAACGGGACGGCAGCCAGGGGCCGUCUCUGCAGCAGCUCUACGCCCUGCCGUCUGCAUCUCAAGCCGAGCAGCACGACCCCAACAACCCGCUUAAGAAGGUCCCAAAGAGCAGGGCCAUCAAGCUGAAGAAGGUCAGCUCACAGGAGAUCCAUUUCCUCCCGGUGAAGAAGCAGCGACUUGCAGCGUUGCUCCCCAGGAAGUGAAAGUGCCCGGCGGUGGGGGGAUUAAUUGUUGGAGCGCUCUCUGGUAUCCCGUCCAGAGCGUGUAACAUAAAACACAUGUGGAGACGGUCUGUAAUCAAAGUCAUACACGUACAUGUACCGUCGAAAGCUCAGAGUCUGGCUCCAAAUGUUAUAGAAAAUGAGCUCAUGAAUGUCUGACAGUGUCACACAGUUUUUUUGUUAUUCUGUGAUGCACUACUCCAAAGUGUUGCAUUAAACCUGAAAUGUUUCUGUCAAUGGCAGCUUAAUGGCCUCUCCAUGAAUCACGGAACAUUUCUUGACUGCAAAAUCACAGAAAAGACACAUGGGUUCAAUUUCUCCAUAUCUGGAGUCAAGGUUUUUUUUUCCACAAGAAAUUUGUCUUGAAGUGCACUGAGGACCUUAAAGAAAUGUUGUCAGAGUUUCAAACUGUUCACAUCAGAGCAGUUUGUGCUGGCAGGACGUGACACAAACUCUUAAAAACAUGUCCCAUGGUUGGAAAUUCCCAAAGUCAUCACUGGCUCAGUGGAGCGUUUCAUUCUCAUGUGAUUGGUUGGGUUUAAGCAUGACAGACUAAUAAUGAUUUGGCAGAGCGAGAGCCACAAUUUCAUUAAAGUAAAUGUUGGAAACAGCCGUAAGUCACGAAAAAAUACUUUCUUAUGAAGUAUAACAGCAGCAGAAAAAAGGGGUCUUUUUUGUCUUCACAUUUCAUACAAUUUCUGUGAGCCUUUCUUAAUAUAAGGGAAGUACUUAUAGAAAAGAGCUUUUUAAAUGGUGGAAAUAGCCUAUUGAAUCCAAAAUUAAACAGCAAGUGAGACACAGCUGCACCCCCCC